CUUAUGCUAUCUUUAAAGCACGUAAAACUCGUUUGCUAGAAAGCCGGUAAGUGAUUCCGCACUGCAAUGAUAUAACUCCCUAUUGCAAAAAAUAGAGGCACGUGAAUCGAAGAUUUUUUUACAUCCAUUGUGAUGAUGCACUUUCAUUAGGAACUGAUUGACAAUUUCCUCGUGUUUGCGGAACAGAAACAAAGCGUCUGUUUGCUUGUAUCGCCGUCAAUGAUCUGAGCUACACAAAGGAACUCACUAAGCGUCACAAUGUUUAAACAAGUCCGCCACAAGUUGAGUCAUUCGCAUAAGCAGACUUCAGUAGAGCUCGUAGAUCCGCCCAACGGAUUCAGCGAAAUUCAUGCCAUGGAAAACAAGGCUGAAGUCCAAACUCCUGAGUAAGUGAUUGUUAUUUGUGGUUAUAUAGCUUAUACUAAAGGUGAAUUUAUUUGUCCUCCUGGAAGUAAUCAAAUAUAUGCUGUAUGCAGGAUAUUGUGGCGAAAUCAGUAAUCAAUCCUUAAACAGGGUAUAUAAAUUGUCGUCAUCACCUAAUCUACGAUUUCAGACCAGACUGUUUUGUAACGGUUGACAAAGUUUGCGAACUACAGCUGUUUAAAUGUAAGCAAGUGUCUAUAUCUCAUGAUCAGCAAAAGACUGUUGCAAACGGAUUGAAGCUCGUCAGCAAACCGAGCAUCUUUUAAAAAAGCGAUGCCGUUUACAAAUCAUAAUCGUACCACUUAUGCAAUUCAAACACGUACAGCCUUGCGAAGGCUACCGCACAUCACGGGUCACAUGCAUUCCCAGUGACAGCCUUGAGGCGCAUUCUUUAUAAGAGGUCCAAUUUUAGUCACCUAUUCAGACACUGUUAUUACAAGACAGCUUCUACCAGCUUAUUUAUUACGACACUACGCAACUCAGCUUUCACCGAAGAUGGUACGAAGUACGCGAACAGUCUCGGAGUGAUAACCUAAUUCGGAUAUAUGGGGGUGCAGUGGGAGUUGGGAAUGGAGUGUUCCCUCAUUUUAGGAUACGUAUAAUCCGCACUAGACAUUCUCAACACUUUGUCGCAAACUCUGACCCUGUUGAAGAGGACAAAAAGUUUUAACUUUUCUCCCUUCUUUUAAAGUCACGACAAUGAAAAAGAGCACCAUAUGCACAUAAAGGACUCGAUUGACGCAAAAUUGUGUGAACAAGUGUUUUCUUAAUGGAGUGAUUCAAAAAUGCCGGAACUCGUAGUUGAAUAGUUUUGUUAAUUCAAGUUUCGUUCUCAGAGAUUUCUACUUUAGGUUUUCGAAAGGGAUACGUUGUUUUAGGACUGAGCACGUCAAAAAGUAUAUACACUAUCAGGCUUUACGGUACCCUUAUAUAAUCGAAAGAGGCCAACUCGGGAAUUUACUCCCUAUAUAAUGGCCUAUAAUAGGAAACUCCGCCAGAAAGGUGUACCUAUUUCAAGCUUCAGGUAUAAGAGAGGGUACGAGGCUUUCACUAGUUGAGGUAUGAGAAAGGGUAGGGAAAUCUUUCAUUGCGUUCCGAUCUGUGAAAGGACCUAACAGCUAAAAGGGGCAUUUAAAUGGCUGUGGAAAAGACAAGAAAACUUUCUGUCUGGUGAUUUAUAUUCAUAUUUGUGUAGUGUUCUACACUAGUAUGUGAAAGGGGUACCACAUUUGUCAAUAACUGAGGUAUACGAAUGGGCUGCCUUUACUGUUAAAAAUGGUAUAUAAAAAGGUAUGCGGUUGACCCUCGGUGCGGAGCCUCUCGUGUACAACAUUGUUGAUUACCGCCGCCACCCCCCGCGCCCCCACACACCCCGGAGGACGCCAAGAAUGUAUCGCUUGUUACUAGUUCUAGUAACUGAUUUUGGCCGGAUGAAAUAAACUCAAACCUGGCUCAACGCGCAUCAAUACAGACGGCGAAGAGAGAGUGUAAACAUACUUUAAGACACUACAGUCAAAUGAACACCUUGUGUCAAGCACUGAAAACUCGUUAGUGAACAACAACGAGUCUAUAGCUUUUCAGGUGUUUGUCAAGAAGAGAAGCACCAAAUGGCUGAUCCUUUUCUUGCCUUUUUCUAACAGAAAUCUUUUGAAGUCGCUCCUUACUUUAGUAAGCUUAACAUUUUCUUUGGAAGACAGUAUGACCGAGGGGUACGGUGUGGGUGGAGCAUCCCCGCACAGACAUGUACUGCACAGCGGUAGCUGACAUGCGAGCAAAAUACAUUUCACGAUGCAUUUUAUGCUAGCAUGUUUGCUUUUAUUUAAUUUUUUCAAGUUAAGAUGACCACGAUACCGUGGGUACCGAUAUCUCGAUACCCCUUUCCCCCCUUCCGCGGGUAAGUUGAAAAGAAGUUGGUCGAGAACAGGUUAUGGGCUCCUGUCGGAAAUCGAAAUCAUGAACUAGCUGUGAAAAAUUCUCAUUUUCCUGUUUACAGAUCGCCAGUAAAAUUCGGACAUAAUUUUCAAAUUGCGACGUCACGGUUUUUAUUAUCACAUUAUAAGAUCAUUCUUGUUUAUUAAAUAACUUAACGGCUGGUUAACCGCAUGCACCGACGAAUUGUUACGUAACCAGAUUUAGCCUGUUCCAGGCGUUCAGAUAGUGGGGAGCGGUGCAAAGUAAAAAGGAGCUCGAAAAAGUAAAAGCGACCCCCUCUACUUUUCAUCGCUUUCUUUACUCCGCACCGCUCUCCACUAUCUGAACGCUUGGAACAGGCUAAACCAGAUUUAAAGAUAGAAGAUUUCAACGGGGUGUAAAUACCCGGAAAACCAUCCCAAAUAACAUAUAUAUCAAUCUACUGCUGAAAUGCUUCUCAUUUGGAUACUCUAACAUUAAUUAACGGGGCUCUUUACGUACAUAAAUCUCGAAACUUUGUAGCACGAAAAUAAUGAAAUUGAAUGAUAUUUCAGUUACAGCUGAUCGUGCAGUAAAAACCCGAAUAAAGGACCCUAGAAUUUUCGAGGUCAUGCUGAUUAGGUUCUUAAUAGGUUCUUAUUUUUCAGAGGUUGUCGUAAUGUCAUAGUUUGGCACUUGUAUUUUCAACAAUGCUUGCAUACAGAAAAAAAACAUUUUGGGCUAUGUUCGUAAAUUAUGCACUGUAGCUUUAUGGAAAGCAUAUUUCUAGGGAAAAUCCAAGCAAAUGAAUAAAUUCAAGUAAAACAUAUGAUAUACACAGUAACUUUUUGUUAGAAGUUUCGUUCUCACACAGUUACUCCAAUUAAAAUCCAGAAAUUUGAGUGAUUUUUUGUACAUUAGAAGCUAUUUUUCUUUGCCAGGCUGAACAGGUUCUUAUAUUCUUGGGUAUUCAGAUGUCAAAUUUCAGCCUGUAGAUUCUUAAAUCAUUAGGUUCUUAUAUGUUGGUUUUUACUGUACUAGUACUACUAAGGGGCACCCAACGGCAAUUUUCGGGAAAAUAUCUGUUCGGAAGACGAUUUGAGAACUAGAAUUUUCGGAACAUUUGCUGUAAAAUUUCUUGCUUACGGGCCUCUCCUAGGAUUUUCUAAGAUCUACAAAAUGGUAUAAUUACCCAUUUUAAACUGAUAUUUACCCUAAAAAAGGCCACCUAGAAUUUUUGGGAGCCUUUUCCUGGCUGAAAUUUUCGAAAACGUAAGUUUUGAUCCCUAUAAUUUUUGGAUCACUAGACUUUCAGCUAGGAAAUCCGAACAGAUGAAAAGUUUUUAGGGGAUAAAAAUAUGCCUAUAUCUACCGUUUAAAUGCUAAAAUACAUUCAACAAUGCUAUCUUUAAGUGGUUUUGAACUGUGUACUCGUUGGGUGCCCCUGACCACUGAAAAGACGAUUAUAUUUUUGCAUCGGUCGCUUCAUGUACGUAUGAGGAAAUCUAAUCCAAUCGGCCAGGUUACCAAGACUGUCCCUCAGCCAAGUGAAGUGUGAAACACAAACGAUCGAUGUGCAGUCUUGAGUAAACUCCUCAGUCGCAUAUUUAUUCAGUAGAAAUAGCAUCCUUGUUCAUGGGGUAAAACUUUUUGACUUUCUGGAUGCGAUUUUAAUCGUAAUGAGACCAUUUUUUGAUUUGUAAUUAAUGUAUUUCUCUGCAGGGAACAGCCGGUUUUCUCGACCCGGGCUCACGUCUUCCAGAUCGACCCUGCUACGAAGAAAAGCUGGCUUCCUUGCUCAAAGCAAGCUGUCACCGUGUCUUUUUAUUAUGACCCGAACAAGGAGACACAUCGCAUAAUAUCGGUUGAUGGCUCAAAGGUAAGAAAGACUCUUUUUUAAAAUUUAUAGCACGCACAUUCAAGCUGUAUACGUAGCUGACGUUUCUUGAUAAUAUUUAUAUCCGCUUCGUAGUUGAUUUCAACACAUAAGCUUGAUCAAGUUCAAGCUUUUAUGCUAAUCCUAGGAUGUUUAUCUUGUCUGCUUUGUUCUUAUUAGGCCUAAAUCUACGGAGAAACAGUGCUACAGAUUGCUAAUUAACGAAAUAAUAACGAAAGGAAGUUUCUGUUUAUAUCGGGUUAUUCUUUCCUGUCAGAGAGCUUAUACGAAGCAACAUAACAGAGUCGCGGCUUCCAGCAAAUUUUACAACCAUCAGUUUUGAUAAAGCUGUUUUGUUUUGAAUUAAAAAACACGGGCAUUGAACCUAACGCUGGUUUUAGUCCAAUUGCAGGUAAAGUCUCGUCUAUAUUAACCUUUAUAUCGGAGCAAUAGUAUAAGCUUACGAAGCUAUAGAUAUAUUUAGCGCAUUCCCACAGUCGAGUGAUAUUGACAACGAGCGAAAUGUACAAUUGUUGUGCACGUUUUUUCCACACUGCUUUCGGCAGAUAAAACCUAUCUGGCCGGCUGAAAAUGUGCUUUGUUGUUAAAAUUUAAAAUGGCGAUAAUUGCUAACCGUGAAAUUAUUAAUAAAUAAGUGUUCGUCGAAGCGUUAGGCAAAUUUAAAAUUUAUCAUCCCAUACAAGAUUAUCAAGAUUAUUGUUCUCAGAUCCAGUCCAAAAAGACUUAAAGUGUCAUUUCUGUUAACGAUUUAGUUAACGAUUUAGUUUCAACUCUUUCAGCUCAAUUUAUAUUUCAACAAAUAAUUUUGAGAGUUAAAUAUAGAUGAAUAUUUUGCCACAUUCCCUGGCCAGCAAUAUCUUAAAUUAUCAACAACAUUGUUCUUCCUUUUAUGAGGGUGCAAUGAAUUUAACUGGGGCUACUAACACUUGAAAUUUAAAGAGCUGUUCUCAUUUUUGAUGGUCUAAGAUACUAUUCCAAAGUCAUGCAGACACUUGUAUGUGAUCCUGACAUGUGAUUGGCUGUUUAGGCACUUAGGGCACCCCUGGUUGAGUUCCCUGUACUCUAACACAUACCCUCAACAAACAAAACAAACAUUUAAGCAAAUAUGACUAUUUGCUGUUUCUGACUUUUGUUGUGUUAAAUUUAUUCUCAAGUAGAAAAGUUUCUCUUUGAUUGGUGUAAGAUGUGCUUUGUAAAAUAUUUAUGAUACUUGGAGGAGCUCAUAACCCUUGUCCUCUUAACAGGAAAUGCUGUGUUUAUUAAACUUCUGCUACCUAAGGGCUUUGAAUAGAUACUUAAUUUUUGUGUAAAAAAAACCCAUACUGGCCACAGGUGUCCUACUUAUUAGAGACAAAAAACAGGAAUAAACAAUACUAACUCCAGCAGUCUACCUUUGUGCUGGUAACAGAAAAAUGUGUGGUCUUCCGUAUUUAAAAACUACACAGCUAGUAAGCUUCAAUGAACUUUUUUCGACAGGCCAUUGUUAAUAGCACGAUACUACCAAACAUGACAUUUACCAAGACAUCCCAGAAGUUUGGUCAGUGGUCAGAUGCACGAGCUAACACUGUCUUCGGCUUAGGAUUUCCCUCUGAAGUUGAAUUAAACAAGGUUUGUAAAGAAUGCUGACAUUUUAAAUUAAAUUUGUUCUACACUUUUAGUAGGGACAGGUACUCAAUUUAAAUAUAACAUUUCUGUCACUAUCUUGUGAGGGUGAGUCGAUGGUUAAACACAGACACUUAGUCGACACAAUAAAACAGAGAAAUAUUUACUCAACUGUUCUCAAUGCAAAAAACUGAAAAAUACAUGUGUUCAUUCCUCAUUGUCACAUGCUCAUUGAACUGUCAAUCAAGAUUGCACCCAAAACCGAAGGCAGAGGCACAAUCUUGUGUCACUCUAUAUGUUGUGGUUCAGUUCUAUGCUAUUUUUCUUUUGCUUUUAACUCCUUAACAUAAUCUUUAACAUGUAAGACUUGUAAUAAACAAAGAUUGCUCAGUGUGAUCCCAGACUGUUUCUCCUUUGGCAAGUUGCUGAUGAUGCCGUUGACCCCUGCAGAAUAAAAAGGGAUGCCAGAUAUGUGCCCCAAGAUUCGACAUCAGUUAUCCCAUACAAUCUCCCUCCACUAUGUACAAAGAUUGUUACAGUAGAUUUAGUGCAAUGAUAAAAAAAUUGAAACAGUCAGACAGUAUGUAAGUUAUGUACAGUUGGCUUAUGACAAAAAGGUACCCUUGAAAUGUGUCUUAUGAUGACAUGAUGACAUGGUCGGUAGCCUUUAAAUAUUUUUUAUUCACACGUGGAACCUCUUUCUCUUGCACGAUGUUACACCUUUCUCUUGCUACUGGAAUUUAUAAUGAAAACCCUGAGCAUAUGCAUGGUAGCUAGGCUAUUGAUUGAUUCAUUGACUUGACUUAGUUGAGUGUAGUGAAACCCAGUGUGAUUUCUAUUGUGUAAGAUCUAUUUCACAUAUGGCCUGUAUUCAGUUUGCAGACAAAUUCAAGGAAGCCAAAGGCUCUAUCAGGGCGACUGGAAGUACAGGCAGUACAACAUCCUCUUCAUCAGCUACUGGUGUGACUGUUAACGGCACAUCAAGUGGAGUGGUGAAUGGAACGGCAGAGUCACCUCAGGGCACACCUAAUGCUGCACAUAAAACAGCUUCCGUAAGAAGUAACUCAUCUGCAAGUAGUGGGGAGGUAAGCACUAUAGCUGGUCAUAAUGGGCCGUUUCCUGGUUGCCCCAAACCUCUAUUUAAGCGAGUCUAAGUGCAAAGCCACUGAUAUGAAAAUGAUUUUUUUUUUUCAUGGAAAUAAUCUCUUUUUAACAUUAAGGUUUUUGCCCUUAGUCUCAUUUUAAAAGUGAGAGGUUAAUAAAUUGGAACCCAGAAGUGGCAUGCAAAUGCAGGAGUGCUAACAUUGGCUAUUAUAAAUUAGUAAAAUCCAACUAGUGGUCUAUUAUCAAAGCUGCAUUCUGAUUGGUUGAGCUACUACUAGGCUAUAUGUUAUAGCCCCCCAGUAGCGAAAAGCGCUGGCUUUUUGGCGGCAAAAAAGGAUUAAAGUCUAGCUUUAACUAGCUAAAAAUUUUUUAUUCUCGAUAUUUUUGACCACCUAGUUGGUUUUACUGAAACAAUAAUAUUCCUCUCGCCCUCAUGGCCUCUGAGUCAAUAGCACAUGAGACCGAAGUAUAGUUUAGUCCCUGUGUUUGUUGAGUUCAGGAACCUAAUUUUCUAUUUCUUAAGAAUUAAUCUUUAAGGGUUACCUAUUCCUAUUUCUGCAAAAACUUGUGAUUGGAUUGCAUGAUAUUUAAUAUGCUGGAUCUUAAGGUUUCCUCAUUUGUCCAAAAAUUUAUUCUUAACAACCAAAUUAGACACCUGAGUUCAUCUAAGCCACUUCCAAUGGAGGUAUCAACAAAACUGCUGUUACUAAAACAGUAUUUAAUAUUGUUAGUGCUUAGCCAAGCAACAAGCCUGUAAACUUAUUUAAUUGAUCAUUUAAAGUUUUUAUUUAUGACAUAUGUAGUACUAUUUUGUGUAAAUACUCUCAGCAUUGUUUAUUGCUUAUAUUUAUAGUUUGUUUGUAUAAAUAACCUAUUUCACUUUUUCUGGGUAUGAGUUGUGUUUGGUUGAUAAAAUAAAUAUUGUUAUUAAUUUCUAACUUUAAAUCUGAGGACAAAAUUCCUUAAGUUUCAUGCCUUCAUGUUGUCCUGUUUGUCUUAUCUUUUAUUUGUAUGGUGAAAUCUUGAAAUUUUUUGAAUAACAAAAGACGUUUUUUCUUAUUUUAGCCACCCCCAAAAUAAAAGAACUACAUUUACAUAGCUGCAGGCUUGAUCAGCUAUUUUGGUAUUAUUUUUAACAGAUAACUGAUUAUAUUUAUGUUGUUGAAACAAUAGCUUUGACACAAAUUUAUUGCUUUAUGACAUUUUUUUGACCACAAUAGUUAAUUUAACAUGCAAAUUUCUUUGCCUCAACUUACUGCACUUUGAUAUUUCAUUCAGUAUACACAUUUUACAUUUUGUGUUAUCAAUAUUGGCCUCCUUCAUCUACCUUGUUUACAAAUGGAACAUUUAGGCAGAAGAAUAUCUCUACCAGCUUCAUUCAAAAUGACAGCUCCUUUCAUGGUAUAAGCAAGUUUAAAAUUUUAAUGACUUAUUGACUUGACUUAUUGUAUUUUACCACUUUUCUUAUUUAAAUAAUGAGUCACUCUGUUUCCUGUAUAAUUUCAAGUUAAUGAUAAUACAGCAGAACCUCAAUAACUCGAACUCGGGUAACUCGAAUUCCCCGCUAACUGGAAUUAAACUUCCUUUCCCUUGAGCAAGAUUUCCCUGAAAUUUACCCCAAUAACUUGCAUUCCUCGCUAUAAACUCAAGCUGUUUUUCCUUUCCCUUCAGAGUUCGAGUUACUGGGGUUCUACUGUAUGUGUUUAUGUUGUAGGUAAAAUCCAUUCGUUGGUGAGGUUAAACCUGUAUUCAACCUGUUAAGGUUGACUUCCAACUUGCAGGUUUCUAACCUUAGAAAUCUUCCCUGAAUGCUGGUUUAACCUGAAAAGGCCUUCUCCCACAACAUGGGUUUUCUUUACUUUUAAUUAUGGGAGAGAAUAUUAUUUUCAUUAUUUUCAAAUUCUUAUUAUUUUUUACCAGUGCGUAAUCUCUUGUUUAAAGUUUUGUCAACAUGAAUUUAGCUGGCUUAGUUGAUAACAACAUCGACGACAACAACAACAACAGAUAAUUGACCUCUUGAGCUAAUGUAUAAUUUUGUUUUCCCAAUGUUGGUCAUUUGACGUCUCCAAGGGAAUUUAUUCUUUGUCUUCUCAUGAAUUAUACAUACAUAUGCAUGUGAGUAAGAGGAAGUUUUAAAGAAAUAGCUCUCUUGAGUAACCUUUAUGACCUACAUUGGGAAAACAAGACAUACAAGAAGGAAACUGUGGUCAACUCAAUUUUAUAACUGUUCAAUAUUUAAAUCUCUAGGAUGAAACAAGAGAGACAACUGGAAUCAGCCAUAAAGUAGUUGGAAACACAGAAUCGCACCUGAAAUACGAAAAUGAUAGACUCAAGAUGGCGUUAGCUCAAAGGUAUAUGAAAAUUUAAAAACUUUGAAUCUCAAAUUUCUUUAAAAAUUAAAACAUCUUGGGUUUAGGCCAGUGCAAGUUUAUUUUUGUGCUGUGAUUGGUCUUUGCACCUAAUUGUUACUAAAUUUUGCUCACUUUUAAUUUUGCAAAAUUCUGCUUCAAAAGCUGAUGAUCUCCCCUAACUCUGAUUUGUUAUUAUUUUUUACUUGAUGGUAGGCUCUCUUACCAUUCCAAUUAUGACUCCGACUCUGACUCUGUUGUUGGUUAAAACAAGCCUUUAGCCCAUUUUCACCAUUCCCCCCUCCCCACCCCCUUGAAUGAUGAAUGUCUCUCAUUUUAAAUUUUCAAGAAAGCUUUUCUUCCUUGUCUUUGAUUUUUGAAAAGUAUGUCAUGCAAAAUUAGCCUUGAUAAGGUAUUAAUUUUGUCUUGUCUUUUUGACAGCUCUGCUAAUGCUAAAAAGUGGGAGACAGAACUGCAGACACUGAAAAAUAAUAAUGCCAGACUAACAGCUGCAUUGCAGGAGAGCACAACAAAUGUGGAGGAGUGGAAAAAACAACUGAAUGCCUACAAGGAAGAGAACAUUAAACUUAGAAAAAAGGUGCAUGCUUGCAGAAAAAAUACUUUAAUUUGAUAAUGUUUGUAAUAAUUGAUUUUUAUUACUGGCAUGUUUAUUUAUUUAUCUGUUAUUCAUUGUUUUGUAGCAUUUUAGUGAAUGUAUUUUUGUUGCAAAAUGCACUGAGAGAAAAUGUACAUUUCUUACUCACCUCACUUCUCUUCACUUCACUUUAAAGUCAAUUCUAACCAAUGAAAAAUCACACAUUGCAGUAACACAGAAAUGAUAUUUAAUCCCUGUCGUAAUUAACCUCAUUAUACUUUUUGUUUUAGGUCCAAGAAAUAGAAUCAUCAGACCAAGUAUCAGAUACAUUAAAUUCGCUUCAGCAAGAGAAGCUCACCCUGGAUGGACGAGUGAUUCAGCUUGAGAGCAUGAUAAGACAGAAAGAUGAGGUCAGCUGGAAAUUCAAGUUAAUGUUUGUUUGGAGUUUAUAUUGUUUUUAAGGAAUUCAAAAUAUUAAACAAUGUUCACCUGGGCUGGAGCCAGGGCGGGGUGUCUUUGCUUUUAAAAAGACUUUGAAACAGGGGUUUGACUUAUAAACUCCACUGCUAAAGUCUUUAUCUCUCAUAGUUGUUAACAAGUCAACGAUUAUGGUACAAUGUUGUCGUUAAUUUUUUUAUAUCAGGUAAUUUUUAUUUUUCCAUUGUUUUUGGGUAUGGUAAUGUCUGCUAAUGGUUUGAAACAAAGGAAAGACAAAAAUUACCUAAAAUAAAGAAUUAACUACAACAUACAGCUUUAUAAAAUCAUCACAUCCAACCAAACCAGUAAUAAUGUUAUUUUUGGAUGGGAUGGCACAUCACCAUUAGCAAAGGGUGUUGUUAUUAAAUCUCAUUUUCCUCUGGUCUUGUCUUUGUCUUUUCAGUCUUUUCUGUGUGACUGCACUAUUUAUAACAAGGGCUAAAAAGCCAUAUAUAGAGAUCUCAGGGAAUAUUGGCAUUUUCCUGUGUACCCUCAAUCUUCAACAUCACUGUCAAAACCUUCCUAUUCUAUUACAGCCACCUUUGCACCUGAAACCCUUAACUACAGACAUAAUAUCAACACACGGGAUGGUAUUUUUUCCUAAUUCUAGCUUGUUUUCUUUUAAGGACAAUACCAAUUUAAGACAAGCAAAUGCUGAACUUACAAAUCAGAAUCAGGUUGGUGGUAAACUGUUAUCCCAAGUACUUAGUGUUAAGGUAAAGGGGCACAAGGCCCAAAUGCCCAAACAACCAGAGCUUAUCCUGGUUUCCUUAGCAUGAAGCAAAAUUGCCUUGUAAAAGUAUUGCUAGUCUCCCCUGGCCGCAUGCUAGUACAUUGCAGGGUCAGACAAUACCCCAGAAUGUUGCCCGUACCCAUUUAUAGACUUGGGUGAAGAGAGGGAAAGUAGAGUGAAGUUCCUUGUCUAAGAAAAUGACGAGGCAGGCGAGGCUUGAACCCCGGACCACCAGAUCCAGGUGUUUUAAAACCGCUCCGCCACACGUGCCUCCACAGUGGUCAGUGUGCUGUGGUUUAUAUAGUUUUACAUGUUUUUACAGCUUUACGCAUCAUUUACAUCCUAUUCCAAAUUUCAAUUUGCAAGGUCUGAAAUAGCAAAUGAUACCAUGUGACAGUACUACAAAAGAAGUUUACUUGAAUGAAAACACCUCAUUCAUACUCGCCAACCAGCAAUGAACCCUGGUGAGGGCUAUCACCUUAAAUUUAUGACACAAUUUUGCAGUCUCAUCAAAAUGAGGCUGCAAAUUACAGCAAAUGUCACUGAUGAAGGGAUCUUGAUGGGUUCUGGAAGCUCUGUGUAACUUUCACGAAUUUGUUGCUGUUGGAGAAUUUCUCUUUGCAGCACCACGGGAUAAGCAUAAUGUAAUAUUUCAUCUUCAGACUGAAAAGUUGCAGUCAUUUAUUAUAGCAAAUCUCCUCACCAGUCAUUUUCAUUCGUACUAGGAAUGAAAGGGGGUAAUGCCUAUUAAUUUUAUUAUGUAUGCAGGGAGUUGUGUUUAAAAUGUCUGGUUGAAGUUAACAGCAGCAUUGUUUUUUAGACACUGCAAGUGGAAAAUGAUAGAAUGCAUUUAAAAACGGAGGAGCUGAUGUCUCAGUUGAACAAGAAUGCUUUGGAUGAAUCUCGUGUGAAUGAGCUCACUGAACUCCAACAACAACUGGCUGGGAAGAUUGACGAGCUUAAUUCUCUCAGCGCAAGGUUAGCAGCAACCUUGCAAGGGGAGCCGCCUGAAUUGGAUAAUAGCUGAAUUGAAAUUUGAAACAUUCCAUCUUUGAUUUGAAACUCCUGCCAGCAGCUUCAGGACAGAAAAUUAAUUUAUUCAAAUGACCGCAUCGUAUAGACAUCAGAGAUUAUCAAGUAGAAUUGUUUAACCAGACAUGAACUUUAAUUGUUUAUUGUGCCAUUUAUGGUAAUUGGAAUGGAGUUGACACAAAAUAGUUGCACUAGGUGUACUGAAAUGUACUUUAGAAAUGAAGUCUUAAGUCCUAAUUUAGUUCAUGUUAGAAGUUCAUCAUUCCAGCAGGCAAGAUUUUUUUAAUCAUAAAAAAAGGGAAAAGCCAGCAGACAGUCUGACUAUUUUUUAAUACAUAUUUCAAUUUCUUUUAAAACAGCAUCUUGUCUCUUGACUGACAGAAUUGCAGUUUUUUUUUCAGUGAAAGAUAGAAUAUCCUGUUCAAUAAACUGCAAACUCGAUAAGCCAAUGCCUUUAACUUUUUUGUCAAUUGUUAUUGAAAUAUGUUGAAACAAAAAAAAAUGAGAUUGUCUGAAUAAGAUUUAAGGAUUGUUUGCCUUUUAGAAGCCCAUAAAAGCGGUCUUAGUGGUCUUAUCCUGCUGGGGCCAGUUGUUCGAAGGCCAAUUAGCGCUAACCUGGGUUUAAAUUUUUACCCGGGUUUCUGUUUCCUUAGUUCAAAAGCAUUUUCUUGUAUAAUGUUCUUUACAGUUUUUUAGAGUAUCCAAUUUUUAAAUUGAAGACAAAAAGAAUUGAACUCAAUUUGCUCUUUAUGCUUCCAUAUCUGCAUUUUUAAAUUUUGCACUAACCUUGGGUUAUCUUAACCCAGCUUUGAACUAACCUGGCCCUGGAAAACAAUAAUGUAAAAUGUAGUUGCUAAUAAAUUGUGUAUGUAGUUAAUGAAAAAUUCCUUUCAAUCUUUUGUCAAAUAAUAAGUAAAAAUUUGAAAAGCAAAGAUUUUGUUUAAGUGCUGUUAUCGUUAUUUUUUUUUUCUACUCAUUUUACAAAAUGAAACUUCUUAUGAUUCAGAGAUUUUUUGUUACUUGGUUUAUCUAUUAGAAGGUCAGAAUAAAACAUGUUUUAGACAUGUUAGUUGUACCAAUACUACAAUAUAAUACAAAGUGUGAAAUUGCAAAUGUUUGCAUAGUUUUAUAAAGAGUGAUUUUCAUUGGCCAGAUUUACUAAUAAAAAUUGUAUAUUAGAACAGUAUAAAUUAUUUGUGGAAUGUUCGAUACUUUGUAGAUAUAUACGUGCUAUGUAACCCACUAACCUUAAUAUAUUAACAUAACCGUAAUAAUUGAUAAAAGUGUGGAUGUAACGAAGCAAAUUUGUAGUCAACAAGAGAAUGAAUAAAACCCCUUUAGCGUACCAAGGGGUUCUUGGUAUGUAAACAGAAGACAUCAAGCAGA